UUUGCAGAAGGCUGGUAUUGGAGAAAAGACCACUUGCAGAAUAAUUGCUGCUGAGUGAGUAGGAGUGGGAGUGUGUUGUGUGUGCGUGUCUGCACAGUCCAUGUAGGCACAUGGACUUUGUUUGUUGAUGUUGGUGUCACUCGCGCUGCACUUGGAUGCAUAGAGGCUGAUGGUGGAAGCCCAAAUAUGCUUGGUCACGGGAGUCAGGAUUGUUUUUUGUGUGCCGUAAUUCAGCACUGUGCAGGGUACCUUGGGCAAGUACCGAGCUAAAUGUCCAGUUUGCUAGCAGUGCAUGAUUAGUCAAGGCUUUGUCGAUGUCAGCCUUCGCAAUCAUGAACAAAUCAUAAACAAGACACUAAAGCACAGGCUGAAAGUCUCACCAAGACAAUCCUAUUCGCGAAAAGCAAGUCACGUCCAGAUUCGGCUGAAUCAUUUUUCACACUCUUUUUAUAGCUCGGUUUUCAUUCCUUCAGCAAUCCAUACAGUACAGUAUCCACUCCCACGCACUCGUGUCAACGGAUCGAGAUUCCUGAAGUAACGCUCUCUCCCCGUCGUAUUGACAUCGACUCUCUUCCCCCCCCGGCGCGAGCACGUUCAACAAACCACAUCCAAGCCGCCGAGUCAAUGCACCAGCAAAGCUGAGUGGGAGAUUAGUAUCGUCAAAUCUGUGGUUAUUUAUAAAGCCAGAGUACGAGCCCCGUCCUUGUUUAUCCCCGCAAAAUAGCAGUCCGCCUGUCCCCGCCUAGCAAAAGUCAUUCGAUUAUCAUCCUCGGACACCUCAUCGCCAAGCCUACCCCUUCCUCUCGCUUUUAGACUCCCCACGAUUACCCGAACGGUAGACCAUAUCCCGCAUUGUGUCCUUGCGAUUCAAAUCAUAAACCUCAAUUUCAAGAGAAGGAUAGAGUUUGACUCUGUGUGGAUAAAACCACACGACAAAUUUACGUAAAGAAGGCUGUGCCCGUUGCAUUCUGUUACUGAGAAGGGAUGGCACAUCACCAGCCUGAGAAUGUUCUUCGGAGGAAGCUCGUUAUUAUUGGAGAUGGUGCGUGUGGAAAGACCAGUUUGCUGAGUGUGUUCACAUUAGGCUACUUCCCAACACAUUACGUCCCUACUGUCUUUGAAAACUACGUCACAGAUUGUCGGGUUGAUGGUCGAUCAGUGCAGCUAGCCUUGUGGGAUACGGCUGGUCAAGAAGAUUACGAAAGAUUACGCCCUCUAGCAUAUUCCAAAGCCCAUGUUCUCUUAAUCGCAUUUUCUGUUGAUACUCCGGAUUCUCUGGAAAACGUGAAGCACAAGUGGAUAGAAGAAGCCAAUGAACGUUGCCCCAACGUUCCUAUAAUAUUAGUAGGCUUAAAGAAGGAUCUUCGUGAAGACCCGCUCGCCAUCGAAGAAAUGAGAAGGAGGUCUCUUAGAUUCGUCUCGCCCAAAGAUGGCAGUGAAACAGCGACUCAAAUUGGCGCAAGAAAAUAUCUGGAAUGUUCGUCCCUUACGGGAGAAGGCGUAGACGACGUCUUUGAAGCCGCCACGCGUGCAGCCCUCCUAACAUUCGACGAGGACAACCGAGGAUCCUGCUGCGUGAUCUUAUAAGCGGAUAAACUGUACAUGAAUUCGAAACCCUUCACACCAUACAAUCGAGGGCCUCCACCCAAGGGGGCACUAUUAGCUCCUUCAGCAUCUCCAGAUCAUGGAUAACUCGGCUGGUAUAAAAGUGGGCAAAAAAGCACGGUUGGGGUUUGAGAUAUCGGCUGGAAAUAUCUGUCUACAUACCACCAGGCGAUAUAUGCAUUGGCGGAGUUACGGCGCUAAUUUCUUUUCUCCUAACGCUUUAUUCUUCAUGCGACCUCGAGUUUUAUUCCAUUCCUCACGUCUCUGACGAUUCGGCAGGUUAUUGCGUUGUACAGGUUGGCAGGCUUCUUCGACAGUUUUUCGACUUUUGCUUGCUUUGACGUUUAUUUAUCAGAUGGUAUUGCCAGCGUUCUAUGUCCCUUCCAUAAUUUUUUUUAAUCUGGCAUGCCCUUUGUUUUGUGUGAGGGUUGUUGAUGUUUUUAAUGAAGUGCUUUUCUACAUCCAUAUGUGAGGAUGGCUAUGACACUCGCUGGGUAGAAGGCCCCUUUGUCUCUGGUUUCUGCUUCAUCAUUACUUUGUCAAAUAUUAUGUCUGUUCAAUGCAUUCUUGUUAUUCACUUAUCAUUGGUGUAUGAGGCAUUGAAACGGAUCGAG